AUGGCUACUCCCUCGAGCGAUGCCGGCUUCAUGAUGUCGGACGCCCCCUCGCGGGCUGCUCCGACCCCUAGACGCAAUAUGGGCUUCCCCUCGUCCUCCUCAGCACGUCCACGAGGACCUCCUUCAGAGAAUAUGGGUGCCCCAAGCGAUGAUGAGGGUGAUGGAUUUGCGGAUGACCAGGUUCCACGAAGCUCAAGGAUCCCGAAUUCUACUGAGAUCAGUCGUGUUGAGGACAGAAUUGGCCUGCUGGUUCAGGAACAUUUUGAGUCCUUUAUCGAAAACUUCGCCGAGGAUCCUAUCAGUGCCCCGACACCAAGUGCGCCUACACCCAGCGCUGUCACUACAGACAAGUACUAUGUCGCCCAGAUCAAAGGCAUGCGCACAUACUCGCUUUCGACAUUCUACGUUGACUAUAGACAUUUGGCUGCAUGGGAGAAUGGCAGUUUGGCAGAUGGUAUUAUGCGCCAAUACUACCGAUUCCUCCCCUUUCUCACCGCUGCUUUACACAACAUGAUUGCAAAGUACGAGCCAAUGUACUUCCGCGAACAUCGCCAGCCCACAGCCUCGAGCAAUCUCACGACUUCUGCGGCCAGUCAUCUCGGCUCUGCCAGCCAGUCCGAGUCGUCACACCGCAAGAACGAGCACCAACAAACCGACAAGCUCUUCUCUAUCGCAUUCUACAACUUGCCUCUAGUUUCCAGAGUCCGUGCCCUCCGAGCCGCCAACAUUGGUCAGCUUCUUUCUAUCUCUGGAACAGUCACGCGAACAUCCGAAGUCCGUCCCGAGUUGUCUGUCGCUACUUUCACCUGCGAGGCUUGUCGCACUGUUGUGCCAAAUGUUGAGCAGACCUUUCGAUACACGGAACCUACGCAAUGCCCCAACUCGACAUGCCAGAACCGUGUGGCCUGGCAACUCGACAUUCGCCGCAGUACCUUUGUCGAUUGGCAGAAAGUUCGAAUUCAGGAGAACAGUUCCGAGAUUCCUACAGGCAGCAUGCCUCGAACUAUGGACGUUAUUCUGCGUGGUGAGAUUGUUGAUCGCGCCAAGGCUGGAGAGAAGUGCAUCUUCACUGGUGCCCUGAUCGUCGUUCCUGAUGUCAGUCAACUAGGCCUUCCAGGACUGCGACCGACUGCUAUCCGUGACGACCGCAAUGCGCCUAGAGGAGCCGAUGCCGGUGGAAGUGGAAUCAGCGGCCUCAAGGCUCUGGGUGUACGAGACUUGACAUAUCGUCUUGCUUUCCUUGCCUGCAUGGUGAACCCAGACACUUCGACAUCUGGCCAGUCGGCUGCCAGUGGUGCUGCCGAUGUUGUCAAUGCUUUGACACAGAACACAGCCAACGAGGGAGAGCAGUCAGUGGAAGAUGCCCAAGCUGCUGUUCUAGCAUCCAUGAACCCCUCUGAAAUUGAGGACCUGCGAGCAAUGGUCCACGGUGACCAUAUCUAUUCCCGUCUUGUGCAAUCUAUUGCUCCCAUGGUCUACGGCCACGAGGUCGUCAAGAAGGGUCUGCUGCUCCAGCUCAUGUCUGGUGUCCCCAAGAGCACAGCUGAGGGUAUGCAACUUCGAGGUGAUAUCAACAUUUGCAUCGUCGGUGAUCCUUCCACUUCCAAGUCUCAGUUCUUGAAAUACGUGUGCUCUUUCGCGCCUCGUGCUGUUUACACCAGUGGCAAGGCGUCAUCUGCCGCCGGUCUUACUGCUGCAGUGGUCAAGGAUGAAGAGACAGGUGAAUUUACCAUCGAGGCUGGUGCGCUCAUGCUGGCAGAUAAUGGCGUCUGUGCUAUUGAUGAGUUCGACAAGAUGGAUAUCGCAGAUCAAGUCGCCAUUCACGAAGCUAUGGAACAGCAGACCAUCUCGAUCGCAAAGGCCGGUAUUCAAGCUACGCUGAAUGCCCGAACCAGUAUUCUUGCAGCUGCUAACCCUGUCGGUGGUCGUUACAACCGCAAGACGACCCUCCGCGCUAACAUCAACAUGUCGGCACCUAUCAUGUCUCGUUUCGAUCUCUUCUUUGUUGUCCUCGACGAGUGUAACGAACAAGUCGACCGCCACUUGGCAGAGCACAUUGUUGGCAUCCACCAAUUGCGUGACGAGGCUGUUGAGCCCGAGUUCAGCACAGAGCAACUUCAGCGAUACAUCCGUUUUGCAAAGACUUUCCGACCUGAAUUCACCGAAGAGGCCAAGGAUGUCCUCGUGGAGAAGUACAAGGAACUUCGCGCCGACGAUGCCCAAGGAGGCGUGGGCAAGAACUCAUACCGAAUUACAGUCCGUCAGCUCGAGAGUAUGAUUCGUCUCUCCGAGGCUAUUGCAAAGGUCAACUGUGUGGAAGAGAUCAGCACUGAGAUGGUUGUCGAGGCUUACAACCUCCUGCGACAGAGUAUCAUCUCUGUCGAGCACGAUGACGUUGAGGUGUACGACGAGGAACCCGAAGAAGAUAGCGAGACACUUCUCCGUGCCGCUGAUGCUGCCUCCGGCCGUGGUCAAGCACACGACGCAGUCAUGGAGGAAGAUGACACACAGCCUGGCCGUAGCAGUGCUGCCCCUGAAAGAAGGAAACAAACAAUCACCUACGACAAUUACAUCAAGAUGGUCAACUUGUUUGUUCAGCGUAUCACCGAUGCUGAGGUCGGCAACAACGAAGGUGUUAAUGGCGAGGAAUUGGUCAACUGGUAUCUGGAGCAGAAGGAGGAUGAGCUUCAAGGCGAGGAAGAUUAUCACAGAGAAAAAGCUCUCGCCAACAUGGUGCUCAAAAAGAUGGUCAAGGAAAACAUCCUCAUGGCUCUCCGCGGCGAAGGCCUCACAGAUGGUGAAGCAAGCUCUUCAACAGAUCCCUCCCAAAUCAUGUAUAUAGUGCACCCCAACUGUGCGGUCGAGGAGGUCUAA